CGGACUGACGCCGAGACGCGCGCGGGUAAGCGGCGCGGGGACGCGGGGCGCUGGGCGCGGGGCGCUGGGCGCGGGGCUGGGGGCGCAGGCCCCGAGGCCGCAGGAGCGCGCGGAGCGGCGAUGAGCAGGCGGCCGGUGGCCCGCGGGGCGCGGAGCCCGUGACAGCCUCGGCCAGGCGGGCGCUGCGAUGGAGGCCGAGGGCCUGGACUGGCUCCUGGUGCCACUGCACCAGCUGGUGUCCUGGGGCGCGGCCGCGGCCAUGGUCUUCGGAGGGGUGGUGCCCUACGUCCCGCAGUAUCGGGACAUUCGCAGGACGCAGAACGCCGACGGCUUCUCCACCUACGUGUGCCUGGUGCUGCUGGUGGCCAACAUUUUGCGGAUACUCUUCUGGUUUGGGAGGCGCUUUGAGUCCCCGCUGCUGUGGCAGAGCGCCAUCAUGAUCCUGACCAUGCUGCUGAUGCUGAAGCUGUGCACCGAGGUCCGUGUGGCCAACGAGCUCAACGCCAGGCGCCGCUCCUUUGCAGCUGCAGAUAGCAAGGAUGAAGAAGUCAAGGUUGCCCCCAGGCGGUCCUUCCUGGACUUCGACCCCCACCACUUCUGGCAGUGGAGCAGCUUCUCGGACUACGUGCAGUGCGUCCUGGCCUUCACGGGUGUGGCGGGCUACAUCACCUACCUGUCCAUUGACUCCGCCCUGUUUGUGGAGACCCUGGGCUUCCUGGCCGUGCUGACCGAAGCCAUGCUGGGUGUGCCGCAGCUUUACCGCAACCACCGCCACCAGUCCACGGAGGGCAUGAGCAUCAAGAUGGUGCUCAUGUGGACCAGUGGUGACGCCUUCAAGACGGCCUACUUCCUGCUGAAGGGCGCCCCUCUGCAGUUCUCCGUGUGCGGCCUGCUGCAGGUGCUGGUGGACCUGGCCAUCCUGGGGCAGGCCUAUGCCUUCGCCCGCCACCCCCAGAAGCCGGCGCCCCACGCCGUGCACCCCGCUGGCACCAAGGCCCUCUGACAGUGGGGAGGAUGAGGAUGUGGGACCGCCAGCCGCGGGCACUGGUGGGUUCUGACCUCCCCGCGGGGAGAGUGGGUGCUGUGGUCCCUGCAGGUGUGGCGGAGACGGGGUACGGGCAUUGGGGUCUCCAUCAGCCUCUGUGGGGUGUCUCAGGGUGGGCGGUGGGGCUGGGACGCUGUUUGUGCUCAGCGGGGACAGCCAGGGUCGAUUUGGCCCCGAGGGUUUUGGAUGUUUUUAGGGUGACAUAAAAAGCAAGUGUUUUCCCCGUUUCCUCUUAUGAAACACCGUCUGAGCCCAAGGUACACAUUGGGCGGCCUGCAGGAACCUGCUCCAGGUGGACACACGGGCCAGCAGCCGCCAACCUUGAAGCUGGGGUGACCUCAGGAGACCCUGUAAGGCCUGUGAGCGGAGCCCUUGACCCCGUGACACCCUGGCCAGACACCCUGCUUGGACUGGGGUGGCCUCUGCUACCCAGGGGUCUGGCACGGGGGAGGGCCGGGGCUUUCUCUGCCUGGUACACACGGAAAGGCGGCUGUGUGGACGCAGGGUCACCGUGCUCCUGGUUUUCUGACAGUCGGUGUUUCCUGGGCCUUUGGAGCGGCUGCCAGGCCCGAACGCCUUGUGGAUCUGCUGUGUCCAGCCCGGCUGAGCAUCGCCAGGGCUAGCUCAUGCUGCUCUUGUCAGCCUCUGGUUCUCCUCGAGUCCUUGGGGACGUGGCAGAUGCCAGCGACCAUCAGACAACGUGGAGGCCCUCAUGGGCGAUGGCUGAGGGGGCCGAGCUGAGGCUGUGCACACGCAGUCCACACGUCACUCUUGGGCUCUGCUGGCGGAGAUCCCCUUCUGGGUGCAGACUGCACCUCCGGAUGCAGUUUUGAUGUCCAUCUUCCAGGACGGUCUCGGGUCCAGGGAGUGGAGGGGGCUGCCCCUGCCGUGCAGGUCCUGGCCGAUGGCGCCUUACCCUGCUGCCCUGGGCUUUUGGCCUGAAGCAAAUUCCUGAGUGGGGUACUGGGGCCUGCCGCAUCCUGUCCUGUCCACUGCCCACCCCCGUGUGCCGGCUCCCUCACUUCUGGCUGCAGUGGGAGCCGCCAGUCUGACCCUUGUCACCCCACGCUCUGCCCCCACCCCGUUUUCAGUUUAGCAAGAGAUCACACCACGUCAGCAGCCUUGCACUGACCGCAGCCGGCCCCCAGGCCUCAGAGUUCUGGAUGCUUCCGUGCGGCUCCAACAGGCAUUGUCUUCCCUUCCGCAGGCGGAGGGGCCGCUUCCCGCAGGCAUCUGAGCUCUGUGCCGGGGCCGUGGCCAUGGGAAGAUGUUUCACGCUGCCUCCUCCUCGAGUCUUCCUCGGAAACACUCUUGAAUGUCUGAGUGAGGGUCCUGCUUAGCUCUUUGGCCUGUGAGAUGCUUUGAAAAUUUUUAUUUUUUUAAGAUGAAGCAAGAUGUCUGUAGCGGUAAUUGCCUCACAUUAAACUGUCGCCGACUGCAGGUGCAGUGACUGCUGAAUGUACCCCGUGUGGCGACUUGGAAUCAAUAAACCAUUUGUGGAUCCUG